AUGAUCCAGACCUUCAUCCUGGUGCUGCUGUUCUGGGAGCACCGCGGCGACAUCGACACGGAGGGUUGGACGAAGUUCUACGACCCGGACUUCGCCGUGACGCUCGCCGCUGCCUGCUCACAUUCGACGCAGACACGCGCUGUCAAGAAACGCCUCGACCUGGUCGUCUGCCACAGGGAGUGGAGCUGCAGCUACGCUCAGCUGAGCGCCUUCGUGGACUCCUGCGGCGCGCUCCUCGUCGCGCUCAAGACCGGCGCCGUGCGCGAGGACGACCCGCUGGUAAAGGAGGCGCGGACGCUCGAGGCGCUCGGGCUGAUCUCCGUCGAGUUGCUCGACUCGUCCUGGGUCGUCGUCGACGGCGACCUCGUCCUCCUCGUGAACCACAUCCUCUCCCUCUCGCAGGGCCACCAGUGCCGCAUGACGGCCGAGUGCUUCCUCCUCCUCUCACAGUUCUUCGUCCUCGGCGACGGCGACCUGCGCGCGGAUCUACACGCGCAUCACCGGACGAUUCACGCUGUAUGCCUAUUUGGCAAGAUAUCCAUGCGGUACAUGCUCCACCUCGACCAUUUCUUCCAGAGCUACAAGGACGCCGCGCUGGCGGACAUGCUUAUCUUCGUGGAGCUCCUCCGGAAGGCCUCGCGCAUCCCCUCCUCCGUCGUCCUCGCGUACGUCGACGUCGACGACUUCGAGGACUCCUCGCCCUUGGCCGCGGCGCGGUACCUCGUGCGCCCCGGCGGCCCGCCGGUCCCGGAGCACGUCGCGGCCGCGUGCCGCGUCUUGAUCGGCGGAUCGAACAGCGCGGCGAAGCGGGCGGCGAAGCGGGUCCUCGAGUCCGCGGCCGAGGGCGAGGAGUCGCUCGCCGACGCCGCGCGGCGCCUCGCCGACGGCGGCGAGCUCGACGCGUUGGAAACGACGGCGUGCGCCUGGGCCGCGGAGAACCCGCUCGUCGCGAGCGCGGCGCCGUCGACGGCGACGUUCGAGCGCCGGCGCGCGGGCGAGGUCCAGGCCGCCCGCGCGGCCGCGGUCAAGGAGAAGCCGCCCUACCAGACGCAGACACGAAGCGACAGGUUCCAGGCGAGCUUCAAGUGGACGAGCGAUCCCAGGCUGGAGAGCCGCAUGAUCUGCGUCGGCACCUGGGACACGCCCGAGGAGGCCGCCACGGCCGUCCACUGCGCCCUGCUCCGCAUCGAGGAGCCCGACAAGUACGCCAAUCUGCUUAAGCACCCCUGCGUCGCCAAGCUCAACCUCUCCGAGACGACGACGCACUCGGAGAAAGUCCACCGCAUCGUCGACAAGGCCUUCACGAAGCGCCGCAAGGAAGACGCGAAGGCCAUCGCGGCCCUCGCGGCUCAGUCGGCGGGCGCGGCUCCGUCGGCGCAGGACAAGCCGCCGGAGUGCGACAGCAAGCGCAAGUGCCUCAGCCUCAUCCAGAAGUGCGAGCCCGUCUUCAACCGCAAGCGCAAAGGCGACGCGAGCAGCCUGCCGCAGGACUACUGCGUGUUGUGCGCCGCGCGCAACGCGGCGAACAAGUCGGCAAGUACCGCGCGCCGCAACAAGCACAAGGCCCGGGCCUAG